CACUUUUCAACGUGCUUCCUUUUAGUGAGUGUGCAAGAUGGCAGCGUGCAGCAUUGAAGACGUGCUCGCGAAAGCGGAGAGAGAGGAGGCAGAAAAACUCAAAAGUAUUUCUGUCCACAAAGAACUGGAGCUCGAAUUUGAUCCCGGGAACCUGUUUGCUUUUGAUAAAAACCCUCCGAACACCCGAGAGUUCAGGAAACAGAAUAAAGAUGAGUUCCUGCGCUCGCUGGCCCGGGACAAUACGCAGCUGCUUAUCAAUGAGCUCUGGAAACUGCCAACAGAGAGGGUCGAGGAGGUGAUUGUGGCUAAACUACCCGAGCCCACUACCCGCCUGCCGAGAGAGAAACCUGUCCCUAAGCCCAGGCCUUCUACCAAAUGGGAGGAAUUCGCCAAACUAAAAGGGAUCCAAAAGAAAAAGAAAACCAACUUGGUGUGGGACGACGUGCACAAGGAGUGGAAAAGGCGAUGGGGCUACAAGCGAGCCAAUGAUGAUACCAAAGAGUGGCUGAUCGAGGUGCCAGAGACUGCCGACCCGAAUGAGGACCAGUUCAGCAAACGCAUCAAAGCCAAGAAGGAAAGAGUGGCAAAGAACGAACUGAACCGACUACGAAACAUCGCCAGGGGGCAAAAGAUUAAAGUGCCCGGCGUGGGACUUGCACCUACCGACCAGCAGUCAAAAACAGAGCUGGGCAAAGCUAUUCAUGUUGCUAAACACUCCACGGCCUCCGUGGGUAAAUUUCAAGGCAACCUUCCCAAGGAGAAAGUGCCCAAGAAUAUGGGCAAAAAGAGAAAGUUCGAGCCGCUCAUAGGCGAUUUCUCUGCUGAGAAACGGAAGCAGCUGGAUCUGUUAAACAUUAUGGACAGCAAGAAGCCCAGAAUUGACAUCACCAAAGCUGUGAACAAGCAGAUGAGAGAAGAGGAUCGGCAGUCCGGGUUUCAGAAGAGAAAGUCGCCCGGUAAAAAGGGGCGUAAGGGUAACUUCUCGGGGAAAGGGAAGGCAAAGGGGAAGGGGAAAAAAGGAGGGCCAGGGGGAGGCAGUAGCGGCGGCAGCAAUAAAGGCGGACCAGGGGGAGGCAACAAUAGAAAACCACGCAAGAAGCAAGGAAAACGAUGAAAAAGUGAGAAUCCCUGACACCAACCGUUUACUGUGCCAAGGACUGUAUCACUUCAUGUGAUAACUAGUUGCAUUUUGCGGUUUUCGAAAAAUUGUUACUUUGGACUUGUUACAGAGUAUAUGCAUACUGAUGCGAGACAGUGAUUGUCAGACAUUGUAAUGUUAUGAAAUAUAGUCUUGGUCAAUCCUUAUACCUUUUUUCGGUCGUGCUGAAUAAUUUAACAGUACAUAGUCCUUCCGUGUUGCUAGUACUUGUUAUAGAAAUAAGUUGCAAACACUGUAUUUAAUGGUAUACAUGUAAAACUUUCGGUCAGUGUGCUUCUGAGUGCACUGCAAGAUUUGAUGUUUUACAAUAUGUUUUUCUAAAAAGUUUUCUAUCGACAUGCUAUUUAAUUGAAACCUCUUAACUUUCUCAGUCCAUCCCUUGCAAUUUGUCAUGUCAAAGCAAAGUGUAUAUUGAUCAUUUUGUACACAACCCUGUUAAACAUUACACGUUGUUUCUUAAAAGAAAAUGUUCAUGAAUAAAUCAUUGUAAUUUGCA